UACUGUGAGGAGGAGGGAAGGAGCCGGCGAAGCCGGCAAGGAAAUUGCGUUUUUUUGAAAAUUUUGCUUAACUGAAAUGGGGAAACCCCACUUGGCCAUAUCUCUUCUUCCUCUAUUUACGACAAACAUGGUGAGUUACGAGGAGCAUGUUGGCAGAGAAGAGGUUUCUGUUCCCCAUCCUGACCCUGUUGUGUUGGAGCUCAACCGUUUGCAGAAUCUACUCGCAGAGAAGAACAGGGAACUGGGAGCUGCCCACAGUGAAAUCAAGGCCUUGAGAGCUACAGAAGCUCUGAAAGAUAAAGCUCUUGAAGAGCUGAGAAGUGAAGUUGAUAAGCUUGAUGACAAGCUUAGAGCCACUGAAAAUCUUCUUGAACACAAGAACCUUGAAAUCAAGAGAAUAACAACUGAGAAGAAAGAUGCAUUGGCUGCACAGUAUGCUGCUGAAGCUACUCUCAGAAGGGUAUAUGCAAAUCAGAAAGAUGAUGAUUCUCUCACCCUUGCAUCGGUCGUUGCUCCUCUUGAAGCCGAAAUCAAAAUGUGCAAGAAUGAGGUUUUGCUAUUGCAGGAGGAUAAGAAAGCUUUGGAGCGUCUCACAAAGUCGAAGGAAGCAGCACUGCUCGAAGCGGAGAGGAUUCUCCGAAGCGCGCUUGAAAGAGCUCUCAUCGUUGAGGAAGUUCAGAACCACAACUUUGAGCUCAAGAGACAGAUUGAAAUUUGCCAGGAAGAGAACCGGAUAUUGGAGAAAACCAAUCGCCAAAAAGUAAUUGAAGUCGAAAGACUUGGCCAAACCAUUGAGGAUCUAGAGGAGGCCAUUCUAGCUGGAGGAGCCACAGCCAACAUGGUUCGAGAUUACAAGCGACAGAUCGAAGAAUUACAUGAAGAGAAGAGGACUCUUGAGAGAGAAUUGGCUAGAGCUAAAGUCUCUGCACACCGUGUCGCUACCGUGGUGGCUAAUGAGUGGAAGGAUGAUAAUGACAGAGUUAUGCCUGUCAAGCAGUGGCUGGAAGAGAGAAAACUGUUGCAGGCGGAGUUGCAAAGAGUGAGGGAGAAGUUAGCUGUGUCUGAGAGAACAGCCAAGGCAGAAGCACAACUCAAGGAAAAAUUCAAACUGAGGUUGAAAACGUUGGAAGAAGGGUUGAAGCAGGUGUCAAUUUCCCCAGUGAAUAGCAAUGCUUUUGGUGGAUCUCCAAAAACAGAACGAUCCAAUAACAUCUUAGGAUUCUUGACAAGCAAUGGAAGGAAGAGGUCGACUUCACUGUCAAGGCCUUCAGCCAUCACUAAAAACUCCAGCAUUCUUGUGCAACCAAAUGCAAAAGAUGAAAAGGCCUCUGCUCCGGAGUUAAACCGAUCGAAUAGCUUGAAGAAGAAAUACGCUUCGGCUUGUGAAAAUGUGGUGAAGAAGAGUAUGUGGGCUUCUAGUAGAAGUAGAGUGGUUGAUAUUGGUGAAAAAGAUGGUAAUGAAAUGAGGGAAAACAAAGAAAACACUGACGGUACAAUAACACCCUCUGAAGAAGCCAAGGACCAAACCAAUCAAGAACCGAGGAACUCCGAAAACGAAGAUACGGUUUCGGGGUUUCUGUAUGACAAAAUACAGAAGGAGGUCAUCAAUUUGAGGAAGCUAUGUGAAGUGAAAGAUGGUAACUUGGUUACAAAAGAUGAAGAAAUCAAGAUGCUUAUGAAGAAGGUUGAGGCACUAACAAAGGCCAUGGAAAUAGAGUCCAAGAAAAUGAAGAGAGAAGCAGCAGUUAAGGAAAAGGAAGCAGCAGCAGCAGCAACAGCAGCAGCAGGGAAAACAGAAGAAAAGAAAAACGCCAGGAUCCUAUACUCCAAAAGCCGUAGGCUAUCAACUUGAUAACUUUGCAGAGGAAAAAGCAUUGWAGAAACUGAUCCAGAAGCCAACUUGAUUAUAUCAAUCAAUUCUUGUUCUUGUUCUUGUUCUUGGUUCUUCUGUUCUUGUUCUUAUGUAGAUACAAAAUUACAGUGUACCGACCCAUUACAGCUGCUUAGGAAUAAGUUUGUUUUAGCAAUUAUUUUCCCUGCUAAGUACACAUUAAUGUUAUUUGCUUGAGCUUUUCUUUAGUAAAUAAUUGAUGUCAUCUUAUAUACUCAGACCAAUACGCAUGUAAAAAAAAGCUUGUUCUUCCAGAACAAAGGAGGGUCUGU